UUAUUCCAACGAAGACCCACUACCCGACCCGACUCAGACACCACCGUCCGACUGCCAGCCAUGCAUCUCCGCCGUUGAAGUACUUCAAGUCUGUCGCUUUAACUUUGAGUUUCACCCUUUGCAAAUCAACCAUCUCUUCCAUUUUUACUUGGUCAUGGUUGGUGUACGUGCCAGAAUCCGACACACAAAGUCCACUCUUUGGUUUCGGUGUUCAGAGACUUCUGUAACUCUCCAUGUGACCAUGUCCACCAGUAAUCCAGCAGACCCUGACAAACCGCGAAACUCCAACACAUUGUUGGAGCUCCUUGUAACUUUUCUGUUCUCAGAGAAACCCAACUUGUUAAAUCAACAUUCAAACGAUCAAACAGAUCAGACCAGCUAAUCUGCUGAGGAGUUCAAGCUUCCCUGAUCCAAGGAUAUAUGCUAGAUAUAUGCUAGAUGGGGGAGAUUGUUUUGGGAAUUCUUGGUCCAGUAAUGCAACUUGGUGAGUGGAUAUGGACUCCUGUAAAGUGUGGGAUGAGUUACAUGGUUCAUUACAAGAGAAAUUUACAGUCUCUUGAGGAUCCAGCUCAGAAGCUUGAGACGAUGCUGAGUAGUCAUAGAGAAUCUGUGGAUAUUGCUGAAAUGAAUGGAGACAGAAUCAGGCCCGAGGUUCAAACAUGGCUAAUAGAUGCUGCCAAGGCCAUGACACAUGUGGCAGAACUGAAUGGUGAAGCUGAAAAAGGUGACAAGUGCUUCAAGGGAUGGUGCCCGGAUCUGAAAUGGCGUUACAAUUUGGGGAAGAAAGCAUUGAAGCUGACAACAACCAUUAACAAGCUGGUAAAAGAGGGAGAAUUUCAAACUUUUACACUUGAGGUUCGGCGAGCUCCUUAUAUUCAUUCCUCAAUCUCCACUGAAGGAUUUGAAGCAUUUGAAGCAACUAGACAAGCCAUGGAUAGAGUCAUGGAUGCACUGAACAAAAAUGAGGUCAUAACCAUCAGUGUAUAUGGCAUGGGUGGCAUUGGAAAAACCACUUUGGUGAAACAAGUUGGUGCACAAGUGUGUAGAGAUGAGCUCUUUGAUCGUAUGAUUAUGGUUGUUUUCUCUCAGAAUCCAGUGGUGAUGCAAAUUCAAGAUCAACUUAAAGAUAUGCUGGCCUUGAAUUUGCAUGAAACAACAGAAAUGGCAAGAGCAGCUAAACUGAGGGAGAGGAUCAUGAGAGAAAAUAAGAUCCUCAUAAUCUUGGAUGAUAUUUGGGACUCAAUUGAUUUGUCUAUCAUAGGAAUUCCUAGCCCUGACGAGCUUGGAAGAUGUGGUUCCAAAGUCAUUCUUACCACAAGAAGGUUUAAUGUUUGCAUUAACAUGGGGAAUCAAGUUAUGAUCCCUCUCAGCCGGUUAUCAGAAGAAGAUUCUUGGACCUUGUUUGCAAAGAAUGUUAAAAGGUCUUUUGAGUCAGAAAAUAUUUGUGAAGUAGCAAAGCAAGUGACUAAAGAAUGUGGUGGCCUCCCAGUUGCAUUGAUAGCAGUUGCACGGGCACUUGGUGAUAAAGACCAGCUGGAAGAAUGGCAACAAGCAGCGCAACAAUUGGAGAUUUCCCAACCUGCAACUCCUGAUGAUGACGGGCAUGUGCUCAAAUGUAUAAGGUUAAGUUAUGAUUACUUAAAAAGUGAGGAUGCAAAAUCAUGCUUCUUACUUUGUUGCCUUUUUCCAGAAGACUAUGAUAUCCCAAUAGAAGACUUAAUCAAGUAUGGACUUGGGAAAGGGUUGUUCCGGGAUGCUGCCACAUUGGAAGAGUCCAGAAGUAGAGCGUGCUCGGUGAUCAAUUAUCUUAAAUCCUCCAGCUUGCUUUUGGAAAGUAGAUGGGAUGAAUUCGUAAGGAUGCAUGAUGUCAUUCGGGAUGUGGCCAUGUUAAUUGCAGCAUGUGAAUAUGGUGAUAGAUUUUUGGUCAAAGCUGGGACUGGAAUAACAGUUUGGCCAAGUAAUGCAUAUGAUGGACACUCUGCAAUCUCUUUAAUGAAGAACGAUCUUCGGAAGCUUCCUGAAGAGUUGGUAUGUCCAAAACUCCAGAUUUUAUUACUGCAACAUAAUUACAAUAUAGAGGAGAUCCCUGAAACAAUUUUUGAAAGUUUUAGUGAGUUAAAGGUUUUAGAUCUCAGUCACACUGGUAUAUCAAUCUUACCACACUCUUUGAUUCUACACACCAACAUCCAGGCAUUAUAUUUAGAUGUGUGUCGAUCAAUAAGGAAUGUAUCUGUACUAGGACAACUAAAGAAACUUGAAAUUCUUAGCAUGAGGUGUUCCUACCUUGAGAAAUUACCUGAAGAAAUAGGAAAUUUGGGUAAGUUAAGAAUGCUGGAUCUUACAGGGAGUUGGUACAUUAAGAGAAUUCCAUCGAAUUUGAUAUCAAGGUUGUCUAGGUUGGAAGAACUGUAUAUGCAAGGUAGCUUUAAGGAGUGGGGGAGUAAAAUUGAGGCAGAAGGAGAAGAAACUAAUGUUGGAUUUGAUGAGUUGAUUGGUCUGUCAUACUUGAACAUAUUGAACGUUGACAUAAUCGACAGAAAGUGCUUGCCUCACAAUGCUAGCUUGGAUCCCAAUUGGAAAAAGUUUAAAAUAUAUAUCAGAGGAAAUGAACGUGGGCGCCUGGAUAGCUCUCUUUUGGAGGUUGGUUUAGAGAGUCAGAAUAAGGUAAAUUCAAGAGUAUUGGUCCUUAACAGAACCAUUAACAGUUUGCCCGGUUGGUUUAAUAAUGCUGUUACCCAGAGAGUCCAGAAACUUAAGUACACAGACUGCAAGGACUUGAAUAACAUAUUAGUGGAAGUUUAUAACUAUAUAAAUCUACCCACACUUGAGUUUCUAGUUAUCCGAAAUUGCAAUCAAGUUGUAACUUUGAUUGACACUGGAAGAGGGUUUGCAAUUGCAAACAAACCAGUGUUUGAGAAUCUUGAACUCUUGUGUUUAGCUUGUUUGGAUAAUAUGAUAGAGUUGUGUUUGGGGGAAUUACCACAAGGGUCUCUGGGAAAGCUGAAGCAUUUGUCAGUGGGAAAUUGUGGAAGCUUGUUGAAUCCAGCUCCAUCAAAUUUGCUGCAAAGAUUGCACAGUCUGGAAACAUUUUAUAUGAGAGGUUUGACAAGUGCAAGAUAUGUGUUUCAAUCAGAAGAACAAAUUGAGUUGCAAAAAUUUAGAGAGCUGAGAUUGUUUGAUCUGCCGCAAAUGGAAAACAUAUGGAUCGGUCCUGUUGGUUAUGCAAUUUUCCGUAAUCUUCAAUACAUGGAAGUUGGUGGAUGCAACAAAUUGAAGUAUGUCUUCACAACUGAGGUGUCACAAAGUCUCUUACAAUUAAGGGUGCUUCUUGUACGUGACUGCAGUUGUUUGGAGAUGAUUAUUGGAGCAGGCAAGAAAACUAUAGUGGACAAAAUAGUUUUGCCACACUUAAAUCACUUGCAUUUGAUUAAUCUUCCGCAGUUCACAAGCUUCUACACUGAAAACAAUGAGAUUGAAUGUCCGUCAUUGCAAGCCUUAAAUGUGUAUGAUUGCCCGCAGUUUCGACAUCUCAAUUACAACUUCCAUGGCAGGAAUCCGGUCAAAAUUGAUACACGGUGAACAAUCACAUCUGAAAUUGCUGUAAGGAUCAGGGACAAAAGUACCAAAAUUAUUAUAACACCCAACCAAAUCCAAGUUGAAGGACCUUCCAUAAGUUUGGUGUCACAAUUCCACCGUUGUAUGUUCAUGAAGAGCCAUGAGUUUAAAUCAUUCCAGACAACGUCCUAUCCAGCAUUGUUUGUCAAGGGUUUGAGAGCCUAUUUGAAGUUUAGCCUCCUACUAUUAUUUUUCUGUGCCUGAUUUACAUGUAGUGCACAUGUAUUUUAAUUAAGAGCCAUUUAAUGAUUUAAUUAGGUAGUUGAGCAUAAACCGAAACUUGCAUUGUGUUCUACUAGCUUAUAUACUUCAAUUUCGAAUUUAGGUGUGCAAAUGAGGAAGGUGGCAACCCACGGUCCUGAUGAAAAUGGUAUUCAAUUGGCUUUUCACUCUUGGCAAGGCUCUCUUUUUUUGUUUGGUUUUCAAUUCGUUUGUAUUAGAUUCAUAAAUAUGAUAAGUGCCCUUAUGUUGAUUUAAUUUUGUGUGCAUUAUGAUGUUCCUGUCCUGUUUAUUCUCAAAAAGAAAAAUUAUCCUGUUCUGUUUGGUAAGGCCUGAACUUAAGUGGACUGAUCUUUUGGAUCUCAUGUAUAGAUGAUCUGUGAGAUGUAUACGUGAUA